CUCUUUAAGGCCACAUUGCCCAACCUGCGUCGUUUGUUCAUCGAGGCAAGAACGGAUGAUGAAGAGCGGGAAGUGUCUAGGAAAGCAUUUUAUAACGCAGUCCUCUUCAUGAGCUCUGUGACUAUCUUCAGCUUGAUUGCUCAGAGGAUGAAUGCCGUGAAAUGA